CUUCAUUUCAGAAGAGGCAGAUAGGAGAAACCAUGUAUCCUGGACCCACUGGCUGGUGUCAGCAUCUGGCCUGCUGCUCGUGAGGAGGACUGGAAUGAAAUUGACUCCAUUAAAAAGAAAGACCUGCACCACAGCAAUGGCGAUGAGAAAGGACAGAGUGUGGAGACCCUCCCUCCAGGGAAAGUCCGGUGGCCCGACUUCAACCAAGAGGCAUACGUCGGAGGGACCAUGGUUCGCUCCGGACAGGACCCCUACGCCCGCAACAAGUUCAAUCAGGUGGAGAGCGACAAGCUGCGCAUGGACAGGAGCAUUCCUGACACCCGGCACGACCAGUGCCAACGGAAGCAGUGGCGAGUGGAUCUGCCAGCCACCAGUGUGGUGAUCACAUUUCAUAAUGAAGCCAGAUCAGCCCUGCUGAGGACGGUGGUUAGCGUGCUUAAGCGAAGUCCACCCCAUCUCAUACGAGAAAUAAUCCUGGUGGACGACUACAGCAGUGAUCCUGACGACGGUGCUCUCCUGGGGAAAAUAGAGAAAGUUCGGGUCCUUAGAAAUGAUCGGCGAGAAGGCCUGAUGCGCUCACGAGUGCGGGGUGCCGACGCUGCACAAGCCAAAGUCCUGACCUUCCUGGACAGCCACUGCGAGUGUAAUGAGCACUGGUUGGAGCCGCUGCUGGAGCGGGUGGCGGAGGACAGGACCCGUGUGGUGUCUCCCAUCAUCGAUGUCAUUAACAUGGACAACUUCCAGUACGUGGGUGCCUCUGCUGACCUCAAGGGUGGUUUUGAGUGGAACUUGGUGUUCAAGUGGGAUUAUAUGACACCUGAGCAGAGGAGGGCUCGCCAGGGGAACCCUGUUGCUCCCAUAAAAACUCCAAUGAUUGCUGGCGGGUUGUUUGUGAUGGAUAAGUUCUAUUUUGAAGAACUGGGGAAAUACGACAUGAUGAUGGACGUAUGGGGAGGAGAGAACUUGGAAAUCUCCUUCCGAGUGUGGCAGUGUGGCGGCAGCCUGGAGAUCAUCCCCUGUAGCCGCGUAGGGCACGUGUUCCGGAAGCAGCAUCCCUACACCUUCCCUGGGGGCAGCGGCACAGUCUUCGCACGCAAUACCCGCAGGGCGGCAGAAGUCUGGAUGGAUGAAUAUAAAAACUUCUAUUAUGCAGCUGUGCCUUCGGCACGCAAUGUGCCCUAUGGAAAUAUUCAGAGCAGACUGGAGCUGAGGAAGAAGCUGAGCUGCAAGCCUUUUAAGUGGUAUCUGGAGAAUGUCUACCCAGAACUGAGGGUUCCAGAUCAUCAGGAUAUCGCCUUUGGGGCCUUGCAGCAGGGAACCAACUGCCUAGACACUUUGGGACACUUCGCAGAUGGAGUGGUUGGAAUUUACGAGUGUCACAAUGCUGGGGGAAACCAGGAGUGGGCCUUGACGAAGGAGAAAUCAGUGAAACACAUGGACUUGUGCCUGACUGUGGUGGACCGGGUGCCUGGCUCCCUCAUCAGACUGCAGGGCUGCCGAGAGAAUGAUGGCAGACAGAAGUGGGAACAGAUCGAGGGUAACUCAAAGCUUCGGCACGUGGGCAGCAAUUUGUGUCUGGACAGCCGGGCGGCCAAGAGCGGGGGCCUGCGUGUGGAGGUGUGUGGACCUGCCCUCUCGCAGCAGUGGAAGUUCUCGCUCAACCUGCAGCAGUAGGAGCCCAGAGAUGCCACCGUCCUCCUGCUCCUCGGCCCCAUCUGGUGAUCACAUCAUGGGUUAUGGUUCUUCAACUUUCUGCGAAACUAUAUACCUCAGUGUUCCAUCCUGGUCUGAGAGUUGAAGGACGCACGUGAGGUGUGGGCUGUGCUGACCCUGACCGUGUGGUGAGACAGAAGGCCGGUUCGUCCAGCUCGGUGCAGCAGCCCCCAGGCUGCGCCCUGCCCCCACACAGCCCGCUUCCUGCCGGCCCUCCCCGCCAGGCCAGGUGGGAGGAAGGGAGGGCCCAACGGGCGCCUCAGCCAGAACCCUUGAAACCUCUGAAUCAUGUGUGAACUAGGUGUGACUUGCACCUGUGACCCAGCAUGGGGGAAACUGAGGCAGGGGGAUUUUGAGUUCACAAGCAGCCUGGGAUACACAUCCAGACCCGUCUUAUAAAAGAAAAUCAUGUCAUGUGGUUCCUACAAACCCACCCAUGCCGUUUGUAGGUGUCCUUGUCCCUCCCUGAGCCCGUGGGCCCAGCCACCCGCGUGCCCCUCCCCUCCCCCACUGAUGUGCUUGCCGUGUUUGGACAUGAACUUCCCCGAGGUGGGACAUCAGAUACGAACCAGAACACGCUUGUGUAGGGUUCAUCCCCUAGGGUUCCCAUGGGCCUCCAUCCUGUGAACCCCGUGGCGCAAGCCGACAGCGUGCAGCCGGGGCGCUGGCUCUCCUGAGACCGGGCCGCCCUUGUUCCCGCCCAAGGCCUUGACGCUGCCCAUGGCGUCUCCACUGCCCUUCCUGUGGGAGUCGUGGCUUUGUGGAAUCUGUAAACCUGGAUGGGUUAUUUAUUUGGGCAAGUUUUGCUUUGGGUUGUUUUAUAAUUAAUAUUAUUGUUCAGUUUCUUUUCUUUAAAAGAAAGAAAGUCAACCCACAGCUCGUACUGUGAGCCCCAGCGCUUCCCCCCCAAGCGACGGAGCCCCGCCCAGUGCCUAUGCCAUUAGGCAGCAGCCAUACCCAACCUGUGUGACAGUCUGACCCACACGGUUGGGUGUGGGAGCUAAGCGUGGGUGACGGGCCCCUCAGCCUACAGGGACUCCGUGUGGUGUCAACCUCACGCCGCCCAUGGGACUGUGGUUCUGGAUGAGUCAGGCACUUGGUGAGGAUAGACAGGAGCUGCGGCGUGGGGUCAUGUGAACACCCCAGUGUUACGGGAAGAGGUGCCGGAGGUCUGCCACGAGGUGCUAUGAGCAUCACCGCGCGCCCCUUGGGCCCCUAUGAGCACAGAGGCCCCACGCUGUGGCUCACAGGGGCCUGCCGUGGUAGGAAGGGAGCUCUGCUAACCAUCCUCCCCACUGCAGGAGUCCACGUCCACCCCAUGGCUGCAGGUCCUCAGCCGAGGCGUGGCAGGUGUCCCCUCUCUCCUUCCUCACCCUCCCAAACAACUAGAUGAGCAUAGACAGGGCAGCUACGUGCCGCUUUGGCUGCACAUGUCCACCCUGCGGGGUGGUCCUGAGGGAGGCCACUCACAGGCACUGGGCUGGGUCUCUGCUGUGAGCAAGUCCAGCCGUUCAGCCCUUCGCCUGCACACACUUCUGUGUUAGGAAAAGACACAGAUGCAAAACAAGACACAGACGCAGCUGUUCAAUCAGUGUGUCACAGGACCUGCGCCGUGCCUCCCCUGCCCGCCUGGGUGAUCAGCUGGCCACUGGCGUGCCCCCCAGCCCUGAGCUGUGGGCAGCUCAGCGGAGGCUGGCUGGGCAGCUGGUGGGCCGUGUUUACAUGACGCAGAGUGCCAAAGUGACUGACCGUGCUUGCGUUGUCUAUCAUCACCCGGGCCGCCCCACCCUACUCUCCUGUUUGUAAAACUGCAGACUGCCUGGGCCCUCCGGGCAGGCGGCCAAGGCGUUCGUCUCUGUGGGGUCCUCGUGUCUCCCUAAAACCGAAAGGAUGGUGUCUUGCAUAUGUUUUGCAGAUUUAAAAUAUAGUUUGGUAAUUUUUUUUCCAGUUGAUUUUUAAAAAGAACUGCUGUACAGAGCUUGUACUUUGUCCAUUUUAUAGAUGGAAACCAUCCUUGAAAUUGUUUAACUUAAAUAAAGAGAAGAUACUUUAUAGAUA